AUGGAACGAAAACUCCUCCCCUCUUUCGAUCCGGAGGAGCAGUCUGAGUGUUCCUGCUGCUGUGACGACUCGGACUACAGCGACUGUUCCUGUUGCGACUGCGAUUGCGACAGUACUUGCUCCUCCUGCUUCGACUCUCCAAAACUCCUGUACACUAACUCCAAACUGAACCGCAAGGUCCUAAAAGAGCUCCAGUACAUUGAGGAGCUGUCCAAAUCGUGUGACGGUUCCGGCGACCACGUUCUAGUAUACAACUUUAAGGACCAGAGUAAAAAAAACGUAAAAUUGCAGUCAAGUAACUUAAAUUACGCUUCACAAACCCAUUUAGGUGCAAAGGAAUGUUUCGGCGGCCCUCACUGCGCCUCGGGCCCUUCCCAUCAUCUCGAAACCCUCUCUUCUUUUCACUCGAAGCAGCUUCAGCAGGAGCUGCUUGAGAUCGAGAAGCUGCUGUGCGAAGCUAGCCUCGACUCUCAUUCCAGGGGUACCUGCCAGUCCAGCGACAGCCUCGACUCUCCUCGUUCUGAUUCUGCCUCGCAACUCAACGGCAGUGGCGCUCACUCACCUGUUGCGAGGCCCUUCAGUGACGGCUCCGGUUCUCAUCGAGCGCGGAACGCCACCUCUGGGGGCGACUCGAACGGCUUUCCCAGCGGAUUUAACACCCCCAAGCUGCGCUUCGGCGACGCCGACUACGACGAUCUGGACAAGCUCUACUCCAUGCUCGUGUCGCUCGAUUUGUACAGCUACAUGUUCGUCGUGGAGAACGUGCUGGACCAGCGCAUGAAGCUGGAGCUGUCUCAGGCGAGGGCCGCAGCUUAA